AUGUCGUGUCCCAAUGGCGUCGAGCCGCUGCAACUUCCAAUCCACAACGUUACGGUCACGAGCAGUGGCCGUGCAGUCUCUCGUGGUGUAGAAUUCGGUAUUGGUACACCGCAGCAGAUCGUGGCUUUGCAGCUAGCACUCCUCGAUUCUGAAGUAUUCAUUCCAAACCUUGAAAGUUGCAACGGGACCGCCAGCGUAUGCGCGGGCGAGCUUGGAGGCAUGUACGAUGCUACACUCAGCGACACGUACAGUCAGGUCACCAAAUCCCAAUGGAACGGCACGGACAGCCGUGGAACAGACGAGGGGUUCAUCUUCUUCAAUGAUCGUGUACAAUACGGAUCGAACUCGAGUCACGAUGCUUUUCCACUCUUAAUGAGUCAACCAAGCUUUUCACAUCAAGGAGGGCUCCCACUAGGCCCCAACUCCACCUUCCUCACCCAGGCAUACGAAUCAGGCCAAUCUUCUUCCACUGCUGUUGGCCUAUAUCCUGGAAGACGAAACAUUGAGAAUCCAGAGGACGGUCUUUUGAUUCUGGGAGGGUACGACAGGUCACGCGUCGACGGCGAACUCGUGGAACUUGACUAUAACCUAGAAUGCCCUACUUGUGUCGAAGUCAAGUCGAUCGUCUACGAAACCCCUGAUGGCUCGGAGUCACUCAUCGACGAGCCCCUCACCGUCCUACUCGAAAUGUACGCCCGUGACAUCGGUGUCCCACAGUCAACUUACGACCGUUUCAUCCGCACUGUGGGCGCCACCUACAACCCGGAUCUGUUCUUCGCAGUCGUUCCUCCAGAUGUCCCUCUGGGCGAAUUGACCGUCACUCUGGCCAACGACUACACGAUCACCGUUCCCGCCGAAGAACUUUUCACGAAACCGCGUCAUUACAACGACGAAGGCGUGUAUGAAAUCAGCGAUCACGAUACAACCUUUGCAAUGGUCUCAAACUUGACAGACCCGACUAUCCCACCAAUAUGGGGCCUCACAUUCCUCAGUCAGAACUACCUGGUCAUAGAUCACGCACGCCAACAAUGGAAGAUAGGCAAAGCCAUCAAAGUCGACAACGAUGACAUCUUCGACUUCGGCCCCGAACCAGAUAUCGAAGCAAUCUGCGAUCCUAACGACAAUGGCAAUGGGUCCGGGACCAACACGGGCGCCAUUGCAGGUGGAGUUAUCGGAGGUGUCGCUUUCCUUGGUCUCAUCGCAUUCGGCAUCUGGUUCUACCUCCGUCGCAAAAAGCGCAAUGCGGCAGGCGGGUCAGGGGACGGUAGGACCGCGGCAAAGAUGGAGGAGCAGCUGCCGCCGUCGUACCAGCAGCAUGACGCUGCUGCAGCGAAGGAAAUGGGCGACAAAUCCAACAUGCUGGCCACAAACGGACCGGUAGAGCUGUUUAGUCCUGUGAGUCCGCAGACAGCUGGCCACGAUUCUAGGAUCAGCGAGCUGGCGAGCCCCGCACAGAUGCAAGGGAAGGACCAUAGGGGAGUGGGUGGCUUUGCUGGUUACGAGCAGGUGCCGCAGGAACUAGACUCGGCCGUGGCGUCGAGUGUAGGGAAGAAAGGCAGGGACAGCGAGGCGGUCGAGUUGCCGUAG